AUGGCCGGCAAACUGUCCUACGCCCUCGUUUCAUUGCUACCCAUUGCCUCAGCUUCAACCGGCUUGUCGUGUCGCUGCUUUCCCGGAGAUGUGUGCUGGCCUUCUACGCAGGACUGGGACGUUUUCAACGCUACGCUGGGGGGGAGGCUCAUUGCCACAGUCCCUGCUGCGAGUGUCUGCCACUACAACAGUACAUUCUUGCCAUACAAUGCAGCGGCUUGUGAGGAGCUGCUGGCAGUGUGGAACGAAACCAAAACCCACUAUGAGACCAGUUACUCCCCAAUGGCGCCGUGGUUUGCCAAUUUCUCCUGCGAUCCAUACCUGCCCAACACACCCUGCACCAUCAAGCCCCUGGUCCGGUAUGCCGUGAAUGCCAGCAGCGCGCAGGAUUAUCAGACAACCAUCGAGUUUGCUACCAAGCAUAAUAUCCGUCUUGUUGUCCGCAAUACUGGCCACGAUUAUCUUGGCAGGUCCACUGGGGCUGGUGCCCUGGCCCUUUGGACUCAUCAUCUGAAAGAUAUCGAAAUUGUCGAAUACCAGUCAACAAGCUACUCCGGGCCCGCCAUCAAGGUCGGCGCGGGUGUGCAGAUUUUGGACGCCAUGAAUGCGGCCCAUGAGCAGGGAUACACCCUCGUGGGUGGCAACUGCCAGACAGUAGGCUAUGCUGGUUCUGGAGUGGAUGUAAUCACCGCCACCGGAGACCACUUGGUUGCUACCCCUUUCAAUAACUCUGAUCUAUACUGGGCGAUGAGCGGUGGCGGCGGGGGCACCUACGCCGUCGCCCUGUCCAUGACCAGCAAGCUUUAUACUGACAUUCCGGCCGCCAUCGCCAACUUGACCUUCACCAAUGACAGAGUAACCCAGGAUAUGUUCUGGGAAGUUGCUGCAAGCUACAUCCAGGAUACGACUAGGCUGGCCGAUUUAGGUGGUGCUGCGGUUUGGGAAGUCACUAACGCGGUCUUCAAGAGCAUGCCGUUCACGCUACCCGGCGGCACCAAGGAGCAGUUGCAGGCGCUGAUGCAGCCCACCCUGGACCUUCUGCGCAGCAACAACAUGACCUAUACGUACAGCAUUGCCAGUUGUUCCAGCUUUUAUGAAUGCUACACGCGAUUUAGCCCCUGGAUGGCCGUGACCGAGUUUCAAAUCGGCGGUCGUCUGAUCCCGCGGAGCACGGUAGAUGACGAACUUCGCCCACUCGUUGAGUCCUUUCGUACCAUCACCGACUACGGUGCAGUCGUUGCAGGGGUCUCUUUCAACGCUUCACGGUCGACUAUACCAGACAACUCUGUCAACCCCGCAUGGCGCGAUGCGCUGAUUCGCAUUGUCCUCGGCACUUCCUUCGAUUAUUACAACUAUACCCAUGACGUCGAAAACCAGAAACUCAUGACGGAAACACUUCUCCCCCUGCUUGAGAACUUGACGCCUGGCAGCGGUGCUUACCUAAAUGAGGCUGACUUUAACCAGCCUAAUUGGCAGUCAACGUUCUACGGUGACAAUUACGCUAAGUUAAGCUCUAUCAAGAACAAGUACGACCCCAACCACACCUUUUACGCUUUGAAGGCUGUGGGAAGUGAAGAGUGGGCGGAACAGACAGAUGGAAGGCUUUGUCGCGUGUGA